GUAAUAAAAACCCAUUGUAUUUCGAUAGCAGUGCUUUUUAUUGCACAAAAUAAUAAAACAAAAAACAAUAAAACAUUUGCAAUGAAGAAUGCAAGACGAAAAAUAAUACAAGUAUCAGAAUGGGGGGUUUUAUUAUAGGCAUAACAUAUUUUUGUAUUGUUUGUUUAUGUUGCAUUCAUUGUGCGAAGUAUGACUUAGACGUUGAAUCUCAGAAGCUUUUUGGAGAAGACUUGAAAGGAGCUUUAAAGCGUUUCAGAAGAUCGUAUGAAUAUCUCAAAAUUUUACAAGAGCGGCAAAACAAUAUGGCUCAAGACGUGGUAGAUUCGUACACAUACAUAGACGCUUAUUAUGUACCAAUUAUGCAUAAGAAAAUAAAAGAAAUGUUGGGAGUAAAAGAUGAUGAAGAGGAGACGAAAAAAACUACUUCAACGACGACUACAACUACAGCUCCGCCUCCAGCUGAUACAACUACACCUGAGAAACAACCAGAACGCAAAAAACACGACGAAGAAGAAGAAAUGACAGACGUACAAAAGUUGGACGAUUAUGUGUCUAACUCAGCCAGGAUCCUGACUGUACCUGAGAUCAAUUCUUUUGCCAAUCUAGGUUUCGAAUUCGCUGGGAAACUGAUCCACGGGAUGAUAGGCAACUUGGGUGGUGCCAGUCAAGAGGAGACGGAGAAGUACUCCAAGGGUGCAGACUCGUCGGGCAGCAAGGGGGCGCCAGCCAAUGGAAGCAAACAACAUAAUGCGCAUAAGGUAACAAAUGACGGUUCAACAGUACACGGCCCUGUCGAGCAGAAGGCCACACAAGAUGACACCAGAUAUCGGGCUAAUGACAAGACGGCGCGCGAUGAAGAUUUGUCUGCGAAUGAUUAACGUCAUCCACGGAACGACGUCAUGUUGUGUUAUAC